AUGAUUGCCGUGUCUCCUUGGGUUGCUUCGGAGCAGGUCAUGGAUCCGUACAAGUUCAAGAAAGAACCGCAGGAAGGAAAGAUAUUCGUCCUGUUCCUGCAACCGCGACAGAUUCGGUUCUGCGGGCCGGACGAACUAGACAGGUUCGAGGGCGAGGCGCGGGAGAAGGCGAUCGCGCGCAGCCGGCGCAGCAGCUGCCUCCCCGACUACAAGGGGGCGCUCGAUGCGUGCCUGGCGCAGGAGGCGCGGCUGGCGCUGCUGGCGCAACGCCAGCAGGGCGCAAGGCAGCCGCGGGCAGAGAGGCAGGAGCGGGGGGAGAGGCAGGAGCGUGGAGAGAGGAAGGAACAGCAACAGCAGCAACCGCAACAGCAGCAGCAGAAAGAGCAGCCGCCGCCACCGCCGCAGCAGCAGCAGCAGCCGCAGCAGCAAUCCGUGCGGCAGGCGAAAGGAGAGGGAAAGGAAACGCCAAAAGUGGAGCAGGGGGAACGAGAGGAGGAGAACAAGGGAGGGACGAAGGGAAGGACGAAGGGAGGAAAGAAGCAGAAGGGUGCGAAGGCCCGAGGGAAGCGGAAGAAGGAAAGGGAGGAGGAAGAGGUGGAGGAGGAGGAGCAGCGAGAGGAGGAGACGGAGAAGGAAGCAGAGGUGGAGAAAAGGAGAGAGGCGGGUGCGAGUGGGCAGAGCGCCAAGAAGAGGAGAAAGGCAGGGGAGGUAAAUGUGGCUGACGUGGCACGGCCAGCGGUUGACGUUGCAGAGAUUGGGCUGGAGGCGGGAGCGACAGGAGAGGCAGAAGCCACAGGAGCGGCAGGAGCGGCAGGAGAAGCGGGAGAGGCAGGAGCGGCAGGAGAUGCAGGAGAGUCGCUGAUUGCAGAUAAGAAGGAUGCGGGAGGAGCGAUGACGGAAAUGGAGGGAGAGGGCAUGCACGCGGGUGCUGGGGCGGAGGCGGAGGCAGGGGACACGGAGCAAGAGGAACAUGAGGAGAGAGAACGGCCGGACGGAGUGGCAGAGGGACGCGCGGAGGGACGAGCGGAGGGACCAGCGGGAGGAGAGGCAGAGGGAGGAGCAGAGGGAGAUGCAGAGGAAAGAGCAGGACUCGGGCCCCAGGGAGCAUCGUUAGGGACGGAGAGGAUUGGCCCGGGCGAUGGUGAGGCAGAAGCAGGCGGUGGUGCGGUGGCAGGGAAAACGGCCAAGACAGGUGGUACUUUGAGUUAUGGUAGGAGAGGGGGGAAGAAGGGACGAGGGAAGGAGAGCGGCAGAGGGGUGGAGAGUCGAAACACAGGAGAGGAUGUGGCGGCGAGGGUAGGUGCAGCAGCAGUGGAAACAGGAGCUGCAGCUACGGGUGCAGCACUCGUGGGAAGCAGAGCGACAGCAGGAGUGGUGCCAGAAGCAAGCGGAGAUGUGCUGCUGACUCCUCCAGUUGAGGGGGUGCUCUCGACGCCUCCUGGGUUAGAAGUGCUCUCGACCCCUCCUGGAGGGAGGGAGAGGCGGGCAGCUGCGCAACGGGCUGCUGCUGCGCUGGCUGCCACUUCUGGGGGCAAAGGCAGAGCGGGGAGAGGGGAGGGGAAGAAGGGGGAGAAAGAGGAGAAGGGGGAGAAAGGGGAGAAGGGGGAGAAGGCGGGGGAGGAGGGGGAGAAGGGUAAGGUUGGAGGAGGGACAGGAGAGGCAGGGAAGAUGAACAAGGGAAAGAAGGAAAGGAAGGUGGAAAAGGCGGGGAAGGGGAAACAAAAAGGAAAGGUUGAAGCGGCAAGGGCAGGAAGAGCAGUGACAGGAGCAGCAGAUGAAGAGACGGCUGAUGUGAGAGAAGCAGAGGAAACUGCAGGUGGUGACAGAGUUGCGGCAGUGGAGGAGGAGGAGCAGCAGGGGGAGCAAGAGGGGGAGCAGGAGGGGGAGCAGGAGGGGGAGCAGGAGGGGGAGCAGGGGGAGGAGCAGGAGGAGGGUGAAGUAGAGGAGGUGGGGAGAGAAACAGGAAAGGGGGUUAAGGCGAAGAAGGGCGGGGCUGUGGUGGAGCGCAGGAGCACAAGGGCUCGUAAAAGUGAGGAUGGGGGUAUGGCUGAGAGGGUGAGGAGAGGUGCGAAGGGAGGUAUGAAGGGAGGUAUGAAGGGAGGCGCGAAGGGAGGCGCGAAGGUGAGUGAGCGAAGGGCGAGUUUUUUGAGAGGGAAGGGUGCGAAGGGUGAAGUGGUGGAGAGGGAGAAGGGCAGAAAGGAGCGUGAGAGAAGAGCGAGUGUGGCGAGAGGGAAGGGGGAUGGGAGGAGAGGAAGGGGAAAGGGAGGGAAGAAGGAAGAAGAGGAGGAGGAGGGUGCGGAAGAGGAGGAGGCUGGAGAAGAAAUGGAGGUGGAAGAAGGGGAGGUGGGCGAGGGUGAAUUGGAGGGAGGAGAGGACGACGAGGAGGAACGGGUGGAGGAAAGGGAGAAGGAAAGAGGGGAGAGGCGAGCUGAAGUGGAGGGAGAGGAGGGAGAAGGUGGAGAAGAGGAGGAGGACGAGAGUGUGAGAGAAAAUGGCUCAGAGAAGGAGAGUGAGGAGGAGGAGGAGAGUGAGGAGGAAGAAGAGGAGUAUGUACCCAGCUCACAAAAGGGCAAGAGGCCUCGUGCAGAGGGGGGGGAAGUCAAGCAUAAGCAGCAAUCUGUCGCCGCACCUCGUCCCAAACCUGCUCCCAAACCUCCCAAGGCAGCGCUCAAGGCUCUUGCCAAGCCUCGCGGCCAGGCUCGGUCCACCGCUGCUGCUGCUGCCGCUGCUGCUGGGGCUUUCAUUGUAGAGGACAUAGUCCAGGCGGGCAGUGCAGAGGACGUGGAGGAAGCAGCGUUCCGGUGGAUGGAGGGGUAUGAGUUCAACCGCACUCAUGCCACAGCCCAGCUGCUCAAGCUGCUCUUCCAGGCGUGUGGGGUGCAGGUGGUGAUGGGAGACGAUGCCAUCAUGUCAGAGGGAGUCGGUGUGGACGACGUCGUGCAAACCCUCGUCGACUCCGCCCGCCAGGUCGCCCUGCUCGACCAUCUGCACCGCACUCCACCGCACCACAGCCACCACCACUCCACUGCCAACGACGGCAAGGGCAGCAAGGGUGGCAGUGGCAAGGGUGGCGAUGGGGCAUCGUUCCGCACGUCAUUGCUGCUGUUCUGGGAUGCGCUGGUGGUGGCGGGGGGCCGGGAAGGUUCUCUCUUUGACUCCCAGCUCCUGCCCACGCUUCUUGACUACCUCGUUGCCCUCUCCUCGUACGUUCCCUCCCCCGUUGCUCUCUGCUCGUGCAUCUCCUCCCUCUGCCUCUUUCUGCGCAUCCCUGCUUUUUGCUGCUCUUCGUUUCCGUCUUCGUCUCCUCCCCUCGCAUAUUCCGGCCACGUGGCAACACUCGUGGUGCUGCAGCUCAUUUCCUCCUCCCCCCGCAUAUUCCGCCACGUGGCAACACUCGUGGCACUGCAGCUCAUCUCCUCCAUCAUCACCGUCGCUUCCGUGCUCUCCGAAUCGCAAUCCACGGCUCAGAGGCAGCUGCAGGCCGCGAUCCGACGGUCGGAAGAGCAGGAGCAGCAGGCGACAAGAGCAGGGGCGGAAAGCCGAGGAACAGGAGUGAGGAGGAGCAAGAGGAAGGGGUCUACUGGGGGAGGUGGGGAAGGACGAGGGGAUGGGGACGCCGGGGAAGCGGCAGGACUGGGGGAUGGGUCUGAGGGGGCAGGUGGGGGAGGUGGAAGCGGAGGGGCGAGCAGUCGGGCAGCGGUGGAGCUGCAAGCGAAGGUGGAUGCGAUUCAUGGGCAGGUGGCCAUGCUGGAAGGGGUCAUGCGGCGAGGGUUCACUGGCAUCAUCACGCAUCGCCAUCGGGACAUCGAUCCGGCCAUCAGAGCAGCGUGUGUGGCGGCGCUGGGCCAGUGGGUGACGCGCUACCCGUCGCUCUUCCUCGAUGAUGUCUUCCUCAAGUACCUCGGCUUCUCGCUCAAUGACAAGGUGGCAUCCGUCCGCCUCACGGCCCUGUCAGCGCUCCAGUCGCUCUACGCCAGCGAGGACAAUCUGCCGGCGCUUGGCGUCUUUUCGGAGCGCUUCGUGCCACGUGUGCAGCAGAUGGUGGAUGACGUGGAUGCUGACGUGGCAGUGGCUGCUGUCUCGUUGGUCCAGCUGCUCGCCAGCAACGACACCCUCCCACACAACCGUGCCGUCGCUCUCCUCUCUGAUCGCCUCACGGACGACUGCCUGCCGCUCAGACUCGCCGCCUGCAACGUCCUCUUCCUCCUCCUCCUCGCCUCCUCCCCCAGCCCUGCCUCUCCUGCUGCUGCUGAAGCCGCUGCAUCCGAAGCAGGCCCGAGGAAAGGCAAGGGGGGAGGCAAGAGGGUGGAUGAGAGGGGAGGGAAGGGUGGGGAGGCGGAGGAGGGUGCAGGGAGGCAGGUGGUGGUGGUGGUGCGAAUGCUGCAGACGUGUGGGGAUGCGGUGCAGGCUGGGUACGUGGUGGAUGCGCUGUGGGAGCGAGUACCGGCCCUCAUGGACUUGAAGUCAAUUGGGAAGUUGCUACUGCAGUCAGACACCCAAGCCACGCCCCUCUCCCCCUCCUCCCAGCCGCUCUCCCCCACUCCUCCCUCCUCCUCCACCCCCUCGUUCCCCUCGUCGCCUCCUCCUCCCGAAGCCGACACGCCCACCCUCGCCCUCCUCCUCUCCCUCGCUGCUCGCAAGACCGUGGGAUUGCCGAUUGUGCCGCGGAGUGCAGCGGAGGUGAAGAGAAAGGCGCCUGUUGCACUGUCCAAGGCCAAAAAGGAUCGGCAAGCAGCAGUGGUGGCGGAGAUGACAGGGGCGCUCGUGAAGGUGCUUCCGCCAAUGAUGAGGCGCCACGUGGCGGAUGAGCGCGUGCUGCUGCAGCUGCUGGAAACAGCAGAGUGUCUUGACGUGGGGUCGCUGGCGCAUAGGCAGCAGCAGGAGCCUCUCCUCGCGAUCCUCUCGGCGGCGCGUGACAGCCUGGCGCGCCACGUCAGCACGGCGGUGAUGGCGGCAGCGACACGUGUGCUGCUGCGGUGCAUGUGGCGUGCUCAGGGAGACAUGCGCGAGCAGGCGGAGGAGGCAGUGAGGGGCGCCGUGCGCAGUGUGGUGGUGGGGCGAGUGAAAGAGGAGGCUCAAACCACUCUGGAGGCCACGUCAGGCACCCCUGCAGCUGACGUGGACACCUUUUCUCUCUCGGUGGCUGCUACUCGCCUCGCUGUCUUCCUCCUGCAAGCGGACCCUACCCCCUUCCUCCCCGCCCCCGCUGCUGCCGCUGGUGGCACUGAUUCAGCUGCUGCUGCUGCUGCUGCUGCUGCUGCUGCUGCUGCAGAUGGGAUGCAACCACCGGACCUGUUUGCUCUGCUCCUUCGGUUGCUGGAGAAAUUUCCUCCUUAUAAGCACCCUCAGCUGGCAUCGCCAGUGCUCCGCUCGCUGGUGCUGCUGCUCGUGUGGGGCUUUAAGAAACUCGUCACUGCAGUGGGCAAAAAGGGGACGGCAGGUGAUGGGGCAGACGCGGCAGGGAGAGACGCAGCAGGUGCUGCAGGAGGUGCUGAGGCUGAUAGGGAAUCAGGGGGGGAAAGAGGGCUCAGUGCUGGUGGUGUGAGUGAAGAGGUGGGUGAGCAAGAGGAGGAGGUGAGGGAAAGGCAGGGGCGGCUGAUGGGUGUGCUGCUGAGGCUCAUGGAAGCAGGGGCGAAGGGAAGGAUAGCAGUGAACGGAGGAGGGGAGGAGCAGGGCGAUGAGGAAGCCGAGGAGGAAGAGGGAGGAGGCAGUGGAGUGGAAAGGGAGGGUCAGAGAGAGCAGCAGCAGCGGUGGCGGCAGCUGCAGCAGCUGGCAGUAGAGGUCUUGGAGCAUAUAUCGGACCUGUGGGUUCUCUUCUCGCCUCAUAAGCUCGCUCACUCGCUCCUACACCCACUCUCUGUUACAGUCACACCUGCCAGCGUCAACGCCUACUGGGCGGCAUUCAGUCGUCUGCUUCCCCCUUGCUCAGCAGAGAGGGGACAGAGCACACAGGAGAGGCAGCAAGAGAGGGUGUCGGAAAGAGGGGAAGAGAGAGUGGUGGCGGCAGCAGCCAAGCUGGUGCUGUGCGGUGCUGUGGACCCUGAGCUGCUGGCGCCUGCUGUGCUCUCACGGCUUGUGGUGGUGGGGAGGGGCGAGAAGACGGAUGAUGGGGGUGAGGAGGGGGAGGAGGGGGAGGAUGAGGAGAGGGAGGACGGGGUGGCACGGCUGUUUUUGUCUCAUCUGCAGCAGAGGAAGAAGCGGGCGGCAAGCGAGGGAGGGAAGUUUGAGCUGUGGCGGAUUUUCCUUCAGGCACUGAAAAUGACCUUUAUUCCCACUCUCCCACUCAUCUCCAACCACUCGCACACAGAGGAUGACGUGGCACCAUCUCAUUCGCCAAGCCCAGCAUCUGUAGGACGCUGUGCCAGCCUGGCAGCCCAGCUGGCAGCUGUAGCAGCCGCCCCGCAGUUCUCUGCACAGCGAUUGGUCGAGCAGCGGGCGGCGAUUCGGCAGCUGGUGCAGGAAGGGGUGGCAUUCGCCUUUGAGUCAUUGCCCGACCGGCUGGCGUUUCUCGAAUGCGCGCUUCUACUGUUUUCUGCGAAGCUUCUUGGAAAUGACGCCCGAAGCAUUGUGGUGUG